GGUAAUGUUCAUCAUCCGCAUGUUUCCAAACCCUAUUACACCAUUUCCCCCAGAUACCCCGGGUGGCGGGCAAGCGAGCUCGGCAGAUGUACGGUAGUGCACACACCACUUUCCCUUUCUGAAAAGGGUACUGAAAACGGAAAAUAACGUUACCGUCGGUUUACCCGGUCCACGCUGCGGAGAAACACCUUUGGCAGUUUUUUGCUUUCCCUCCAAACGAAGGUGGAGAAGUAGAGGGGGACAAGUCGCGUACCUCCGGCUCCAAUCACUCCAAGGAUGGAUCCCACCACUUGGUACUGCCAAGGUCAUGGCAUUUGAUUUCAAGCUGCCCGUCAGUUUCUCGGCUGUCUGAAAACAACAAGUAGAAAAGAGUAUCAUGCCUCGGAGUCCUACGUCCAGUGAGGAGGAAAUGGCCCAGAGUGUCUCUGACGGGUCUGGAGGUUUUGAGACAGACAGCUCCAAGGAAGAGGCUGGCCAUGGAGGACUUGGAGGGGAAAGGGCCAGCAGAAGGACCGACAGGAGGGCAGAGAAGGAUAAGGCCGCCCGCAGGGAGUCACUGGUCUUCUGUGUGGUCAUCCCUGACCUGCAGCAGUCUACAUGUAUGAGGUUUAAACCCGAGGCCACCGUAUGGGUUGCUAAACAGCAGAUCCUGUGUACACUGACCCAGACGUUGAGGGACGUGCUGAACUAUGGCCUGUUUCAGCCCGCUGUGGAGGGCCGCAUGUCUGGUUUCCUGGACGAAGAGCGCCCCCUCAAAGACUACCCUACUCCCACCAGCAUCAAGGGGGUUCCAACUCUGGAGUUCCGUUACAAGAGCAGGGUCUACCAGCAGCCCAAUGUAAACGAAAAGCAGAUUGCCAAAAUCCACACGCAGGCCAACUAUAGGAAAUUCAUGGACCACAUUCAGCAUCACCAGCUGGAUAAAGUGGCAAAGAUGCUGGAGAAAGGCCUCGACCCCAACUAUCAUGACCCUGAUACUGGUGAAACUCCACUGACCUUCGCAGCCCACCUUUACGACGUGGAGCAGGUCAUCGUUGUAUUGAAACAAGGCGGUGCACAUCUGGACUUCAGGUCACAGGACGGGAUGACGGCUCUCCACCAUGCGGUCAGGGCCAAGAAUCAGGCCGCGCUGAAGGCUCUACUGGACCUGGGCGCAUCACCAGACUACAAGGACAGCCAGAGUCUGACCCCCCUCUACCAUACAGUCCUGGUGGAGGGAGACCCAAGCUGCUGUGAGCUGCUACUGAGGGCCCAUGCCACCAUCUCUUGCCAUGACGAAAACGGCUGGCACGAGAUACACCAGGCAUGUAGAUAUGGACAUGUCCAGCACCUGGAGCACCUGUUGUUCUACAGAGCAGAUAUAGGUGUCCAGAACGCUUCGGGAAACACGGCUCUACACAUCUGUGCUCUAUACAAGCAGGAACACUGUGCCAGAGUACUGCUUGUUCGUGGUGCCAACAAGGAAGUGAAGAACUACAGAAGCCAGACAUCAUUCCAGGUGGCCAUCAUCGCGGGGAACUUUGAAUUGGCAGAAUUAAUCAAGAAUCACAAAGAGACCGAUAUUGUGCCUUUCCGAGAGGCGCCGGCCCAACCUUCCCGGCGCAAGCAAGCCCCACGGAGCACCCUCGCUGCACCACGGCCGACGCUCUUGCGCUCCAACAGCGACAACAACCUGAACGUGAACAACCGGUCACCCCUGCCGUCCCCGAGCCACUCUCCCCUGCGUAGCCUCUCCCCCCGUCGGCCCCAGCAGCAGCAGAUGCCCAGCCCCAAUGGAACAGUCAGGACCAUGGGGAAGGGGGCUCCCCGCCCUCCCCGCUCACCUUCCCUUGGGCGCCUGGGGGAGGAAGCACGGAGACAGACCCCUCAGCGACAGCCCAGCCCACACAGGGGUCGAGAAGCUUUCUCUGAUGCCAUAGACAGCCAGGGGCCCAAGCGUAAGCUGUACAGUGCUGUGCCAGGGAAGCACUAUGUGGUGACCCAGUCCUACCAACCACAGGCCGAAGGAGAGAUCCCCCUGUACAAGAACGACAAGGUCAAAGUGCUCUCCAUAGGGGAAAGUGGUUUCUGGGAGGGCAGUGCCCGUGGUAACUUGGGGUGGUUCCCAGCAGAGUGUGUGGAGGAGAAUAUCCCUAAUCAAGUCCAGGAGGAGAAACCAUAUGCCAGGGCAGACAGAGCUGAGAGGAGGAAGCUCUUCAGGCACUACACUGUGGGAUCCUACGACAGCUUUGAUGCGUCAAGCGACUGUGUUAUUGACGAGAAGACGGUAGUUCUACAGAAGAAGGAUAACGAGGGAUUCGGGUUUGUGCUGCGAGGGGCGAAAGCGGACACGCCUAUCGAGGAGUUUACUCCCACCCCUGCCUUCCCCGCCUUGCAGUACCUGGAGUCUGUGGACGAGGGCGGAGUUGCGUGGCGGUCAGGGCUUCGCAACGGAGACUUCCUCAUUGAGGUGAACCAGGAAAAUGUGGUGAAGGUGGGCCACAAACAGGUGGUCAAUACGAUCCGACACGGGGGAAACCGGCUCAUCAUCAAAGUGGUGACGGUUAGCAGGAAUCUGGACCCUGAUGACACGGCCAGGAAGAAAGUACCCACACCUCCGCGUAGGGCUCCCUCCACUGCCCUGUCCAUGGCCAUGCGCUCCAAAUCCAUGACAUCAGAGCUGGAGGAGCUAGCCACUUUGAGGAAAAAAGUGACCGGUGAUGAUCAGUCUUCCGAUAGUGAGAGUCUAAAGAAGAGGAUCGUUUUCUCAGUCACUCUAAAUAAAGUGGACGAGAACAUGCCUCCUCAGAAGCCUAUGUGGGAGAACUCCAACGCUGACGUAAGGGUCGCUAACACAGUCAAGUCACGGCCCAACAGCAGGUGCUUCGCCAUGAGCCCCGAGAUGAAUUCCAUGUGUGAGAGCCAGGAUAUGCCGAUGCAGACCCAGACCCAGCCCCAACCCAGAGAGCCAGGCAGUCCCAGAGGUCGAGGACCCUACCUGGGGGUGCCAAACAGACAAGGGACCAUGAGACGACAGAAGUCCAUAGGAACAUCUGGAAUAACAGAAGAGGAGACCCCUCAAUUUCUGACGCCUCCUAUGUUGAAAUUCACCAGGAGCCUCUCCAUGCCGGACACAUCAGAGGACAUCCCACCCCCGCCCGCCAUCUCCCCUCCAUCUCCCCCUUACAACAACGUCCCCAACCCCCAGGGCAGAGGCUACGGCACCAUCAGACACUCUGCUCCUAAAGGCACCGCCCCAGAGCGAGGGGACCUCACCGCGGGCGGCAGCGAUGGGUGGAGGGAGCAGGGGGGUAUGUACUACAGAGAGCCCCAGUCAGAACAGUACCAGUCUGAGGACCACCACCACCAACAGGGAAGCCACAGCCCAGGCCAAGGCCUCACAGCCCAGCAGAGCUUCCUGAACCGCAGGGCCCAGAUCCCUGAGAACCCCUACUCAGACCUGGGGAAGAUGGGCAACCUGGGGCUGUUUGCCCCCAACAAGCCCCAGAGGAGGAAGGGCAUGCUGGUGAAGCAGGACAAGAUUGAGGACAGCCCUGAGAAGACCUGCACUAUAAAAAUCCCAACCAUCAUAAUCAAGGAGCCGUCUACAUCCAGCAGUGGCAAGAGUAGCCAGGGCAGCAGCAUGGAGAUAGAAACUGGCGCCCACGACCACCCGGGACAACUCCGGCCCGACGACGGACACAACCCCAGCAGCCCCUUUGCCACGGCCAUGGCGGGCGCCGUGCGAGAGCGCGAGAGGAGGAUGGUGGAGUCUCACCAGAACUCCCCAUCCUACAGGUUCACCGACCAGGGUGACGAAGACUCGCCUCCCGCCCCAACCCCUCGCCUCCGCCACUCCAAGUCCAUCGACGAAGGGAUGUUCAGUAGUGAUGAACGCCUGCGCCGCAUCAUGGCCCCGCCUGCCUCUCUCCUCAACAUCCACAGAGGAGGAGGCAAUGUGACGAACUUCAAUACCUCAGAGUCCAACAUGGUGAGGGAGCCACUCCACACCCGCACGGGUCACCACAGCCCGGUCAGUCUGCCAAACAAGACCUACACCUCCAGCAGCGGACACUAUGUCCACCCAGUAACUGGGAAGCCUCUGGACCCUAACUCCCCUCUUGCACUCGCUCUAGCUGCACGGGACCGGGCCAUGAGAGAGCAGUCCCAGCCUCUCCCACUGAAGACUGAGUUACCCAAACCUGACCUGAACAAGCCUCUGUUCAUCGACACUAAGCUAAGGACGGGCAUGGAUGGGAGUUUCUCCGCGACUGCCACCAUGGGUCGACCAGGCAGGGCAGGGCUUCGCAGGCAGAUGACCGAGGCCAAGUAUGAGACAGAGUCCAAAUACGACCACCCGCUGGCUAAGGACCAGGACAAGAGUCUAUCCCGGCCUGAGAGAGAAGAGGAGAAGAAGAACAUGUUGAUAGACAUCGUGGACACGUCUCAGCAGAAGUCUGCUGGUCUGCUGAUGGUUCACACCACUGACGGAGCCCGGUCUGAGGAGAACAGUCUGUCUGAGGGAGACAGGGACGGGGCAGUGAGUUCAGACAGCACCCCCAGCGAGCUCCGGGAUCCCAACCAACCUAACACCUCCAAAAUGUCCUCCCCUAACCCACAUAACUCCCACUCUAUGGGCCCUGGACCCAGAGGUAGUAAGACCAUGAUCACCGUCACCUCAGUAGAUGAGCCGGUCAAACUCCCCUUCGGCAUCCCCCCUCCGCCCUGCGUUCCCUCUGUUGACAUCGACGAUGACUUCUUCGCUGACCCACUGCCGCCGCCGCUGGAGUUCGCCAACAGCUUCGACAUCCCAGAGGACCAGAAGGGGGCGAUCGCUGAACUGCUCAAACAGCAUCGAAACGCUGGCAGAGCCCCAUCGUCUCUAGCUCCCUUCUACCCCCAUCAUGGUAACACCCCAAGCCACCCUGACCAGACGAUGAUCAAACGGCCUGCAGUGCUCACUAACUGUAUGCCCCCCAGCUUCCCCCCCAACGCCCUGGAGAGCUACGAGCCUAUCAGUGACUCUGGGAUCGAUGUGGAGCCAGACAGCCGCAGUAGUGGAGACCCUCAGAUGGAGACUACGAGCACUGUAUCCACUGUGUCCAGUAUCUCUACGCUGUCGUCAGACGGUGGCGAGGCGCUGGACAACACAUGCACAGUCUAUGCAGACGGACAGGCCUUUCUGGUGGACCGGACCUCAAAGCCAAAAAACAGGCAACCUGCCGCCAACAAGAGUAAUGCACUUUACAAGGACCCCGCCUUGAUGGAUAAAGAAGAGAACCUAAGAACUUUCGGGACGCCCUCCUCUGUCCCGCCACCUCCCCCCGGGGCUAGCGUCCUCUCAGAGCCCCCCAGAACACCAACGCAAAGGACCUCGAAGCUGUGGGGAGACCCGCCAGGCUCUAACCCCUAUGACAUGCAGAACAAGGACAAGACACCAAAGCCAGGGGACGGGAUAGACUCUUCUUCCUCGGGAUGUAGGACCGUUUUUGGAUCAAGGGCUCCAGACGGUGGGUCCCUUGCCUCAGGUACACAGCGGAAUACCACAGUCACUUUUGCUGCCCAGCUCGGCCCGAGCGUGCCGGCCCCAUCUCCGAAACGAGAGACAGAGAGUCUCCCCCACCACCGAGCCCCCAGCCCCAUCCUCUCUCCUCCAGACUCAGGCCUCGGCUGUGCCUCCUCCCUCCCCGCAACCUCCCCCACCCUCUCGGAUGUGUUCGGCCUGCCCACCCCCCCUCUCAGCCUGGGCACGGGGAGCAGCCGCUCACCGUCCCCUCUCACCCUCAUGCAGGCCGCCUCCAACAAGCCUUUUGCCACCAAGCCGGUUCUGAUGUGGAGCAAGCACGAUGUGGCCGACUGGUUGGAGAGCCUAAACCUGGCAGAGCACAGAGACACCUUCAUGGACAACGACAUCGAGGGCUCCCAUCUGCCCAGCCUGCAGAAGGACGACCUCAUAGAUCUCGGGGUGACCAGAGUCGGACAUCGGAUGAACAUAGAGAGAGCUUUGAAACUGCUGAUGGACAGAUGAGAAGAGAGGAUCGAGGUCUCUCAGUCUCCAACACAACAACUUCACGUCACCGUUUUAUUUUACGUUGACUUAUUUCAACUAUACCUACUGUAUAAUUCUUAUGAUGAUGCUUGUUUUGUUGACACUUAGAAAUAUCCUCAUGUAUCCUGAAGAAAGUGCAACUUGAAACAGCACUGCAGUUUCCUGAAUAAGCACAAGAGCCCCCCCCCCCCAGAGUGGGAUAGAGCGGUCCCAGGUGAGACAGAGCCGCGCUGUCAGUAGAAAGUAAGGAAGCCUGGGACCUGGCUGGGACCUGGCUGCGAUGUGGAAUACACUACACUAUCAAACAGAACAGCAGCCUAAUCACUACGGGACUUAAGGACUUUUGGAGUCAACCUCAUUUGAAUGCAAAACCAGAACCAGCUUUGCAGGGGUUUCAUUUUCUAUUGUAUCUCUGUUAGAAAGUAUGUGACUACUGAUCUCUGCAGGAAAAAAGGGUGGGAAUCUGCACUGCACAGGGCCGGCGCUAGAACAAAUCAGUUGGACGGGCACUUUUUUUUUCACGGGACCUCCUAUGUGUGUACGUGCUUGGCCUCAAGGUACCCCACCCCUUCAAGCUAAUCAAGCAGCCAAUCUGACUGCAACGUUCUAACAGUGUAAUUAAUACAUUUAAUAUACGCUAUCGCCAAAAUAAUCAUUUGGUUGUGUCUAUGAAGGUCUUACGUAACAUUAGAAUACAACAAAUAUAUUUCAAAAAACACACGAGCAUUUUCAUUAGUUUAUGUUCCGGUAGGAUGCGGUAUGUAAAAGCUGAAAAACACAACAACAAAAACACCCAAAUUCAAGUGUUCAAUAAAUUGUAUUCGUGGAGUGCCUUUGUUACAACUAUGAAACAGAAAGCAUAGGUGUGGGAACUCGGUAACAGCUUUUUUUUUAUAGCAACAAAAUAAAAAAUACCCCAACCACCAAGACGAUGAAAACGUCAGUAGCCUAAACAUAUAAGCGCCAAGUGUGCUUGAUAAAAUAGUGAAGAUCAUCACCAAGCAAUAAUGGCGUUAUAAUGAACAUACAGUAAGUGUCGAUGACAGCCGUAAGAAAGUUGGAGAAUGUCCAUCUCAUAUAAACAACGAAAGCGCUCGAGGCCUGCUCUUUCAGUGGUGACAUUUUGUGCUGAUAUUUGGCCUGUAGCAUUGUCACCGGCUUUGUUCUAGCGGUGCCAUCCCUUCCUCUCUCCUGUCUCACCGUUUCAUUUGUCGGUCCAUUCUGGCCUUUACGCCUCGGAGGUGUAGAUUCAACCCGAGGCUCAGAACCAGAAGAAGAAUCAUCAGAGAUUUCAUCACGAUUCAUUUCUUCCCCACCAUCUGAAUCAUUUUUCAUUCAGAUUUUGUAGCAACGCUUGCCAUGUUAAAUUACGCACGCUCUCACUGUCUACUCCAAGUAGGCCAGAAUAGACGGAAAAGACUGCUUGGUUUCGGGGAACUGAUAUUGGGUACAUACUAUUUUGAAGUUAUAAAUAGAAUAGAUCAAUACAAUAGAAUGUCCGCACUGUUCUUCAUUCGCAAUUGGUCGAUUAUAUAAUUAUGUAUUGUUCGCUGCCCCUUGCUUAUCAACUCACCCAUUCCCCACAUCAUACUCUACUUCAUUUAUUUAAUCUGUUGUUGUAAGUGUGAAAUUAGUUUCAGUAUAGUUUAGGGUCAGAUUCGAGACAGUUAUCGGGUUGGUUAUCAGCUGGGCAUGGCACUAUCAGGAGAAGAAGGGGAGCUGUCGGCAGGACAGUAGGCAAUUGGGUAAAACCAUUAUAAAACUGGUUCUGUUUGAUUCUAACAACAACAACAGUGUGUUUUAUAGACUUAUUUAGGCAAGGUCAAGGACGAAAGGGGGCAUAACUUUAUAAAUGGCAGAGUAGUGCAUGUUUUCAAUGAAUGAGCAGUCCAGAUGACUGCUUUAGCGGUUCUAGUGUGUGCUUUAUAGUAAAGACAUUCAGCUGUAAAAAUGUAUUACCUUUUAAUGUGGCAUGAACACAACCAGUCAUGAUGUUUUCAUCUGAUUGUCCAGCAAAUCACUUCAAGAAAUAGGUUACCUUCGUGCAUUCGUCCAAAAUAGCAUCCGAGCGAGCGAAACAGCGCCCCUCUGUCUUACUAUAUGUAGCCCAUGUAUCUGAUGCCGUCUGGCCAAAAGGAGUAUGACAUGCCAUGCUCUUUAAUUCCAGACACUGUCACAUACAUGGGCUGCACAUACUGAGACAGAGGGGCGCUGUUUCGCCUGCUCGGAUGCUUUAUCUGAGAUUGAUGCCGUCUUUAUGUCGGCGCGCGUCUCGGUCAAAUAAAUGAUACGCCACAGUGGACACGUUAUAAUACCCAUAAAAACACGGAAAUACUUCCAAUGGUUAUUACGACUUUAAUUUUAUCACGUCGUGAAUUUGACAGAAGAUACGAAUUCAUUGUGUUUGGUGUAGGCUUACCUUGUCGUGACGUUUUGAUAGCUGUGUAAUUCUCUCACGGACAAGGUGAGUUUUAUCAAUAUAUUCACCUCGAUUUUAAUAUAAUCAAUGUGCAAAGCUAGUUAUUGAUAAACAUUUACUUGUCCGGAGGGAUUUGCGCGGCUAUCAAAACGUCACUCCAAGGUAAGCCAACACAAAACACAGACCUUAUACGAAGUAGUUCUGACAUCACAGACACAAAAAUGAAUGGGGGAAAAAAUGAUUUCAACCAUUUCCUGGUUUUAUGACUCGUACCGUGUUACUCAAUAGUGCAAUUGCCCAUAACGCCGGCCAUGGCACUGCAGUGUGUGGAAUUCAUUUUUCUUUCUCUCCCUUUUUACCGGGAUGUAGUUUGAUUUGAGGGACAGUACAGUGUUUUCUCAGACAAAGGUAUUGCACAUUUCUACCCUGAAAGGGAGAUCACAUCAGAUGGAUUUCAAAAUAGGUACAGUAGCAAGUUGUUGCCCUUAGAUUUCACUUGCCAUGUUUUCAACAUACUUUCAAGUUUUAAUAUUUGUUUGUAGUUAUGUUUACUUGAGGAUGGAAAGUGGAACACAAUACAUAUUGAAAAUGUAAAUUCAGUUUAUAAAUCAUUAUACUGUCUUCCACAGGAAGCUGAAAUGUGUGCCAACAGCUCUCCCUACUGUUGUCUUCUGAACAUGACAUGGCAGAGAGAGCAGAGCUUGGCAGUCAGGGCUUUCCAAUCGUUAUCACCAACCAUCAUCCUUUCUUUCGCAGUCUUCUAUGUCCUCUGAGAGGAAUAAUACACACACUAUCACGUUAGGUUAUUACUAUACUCUGAACUGAUGUUUAGGGCUUUGGGAUUGAAGACUCAGGAAUGGGGAUGGGGUCAAUUUCAUUUCAUUUCAGGAAGUUAACUGAAAUUCCAAUUCUACAUUUUUUUCUCAUAGAGAAGCAUUGAAUAAAAUGUCCGUUUACUUCCUGAAUUUAAAAGGAAUUUACCUCAACACUGCAGAAUAGGCAUGUUUCUGAAGACGAAUAUCAGUCAAGUUUAUGCAACGAUGAGAAUAAGUAGACGAACAAACACUAAAGCUGGAAUUUCCUUUUCCCCUUCCUCUAGAACAGGAACAGUUCAACUUGUUUGGCAAUCGAAGAGAGGCAGAUACCUCAAAGAAUCAAGUUGCUAGAAAUGUUGUAUGAUUAUUGAAGUAUUAGAGAUGUAUUUAUUCUACGAUGGUGUUUUGUUGACGGGGAAGAAAGUUGUAGAUAUCCACAGAGCUCAACAUGAUGAUAGCUUCUUUGUAGAAUUAGGUAAUGCUUUUAGGGGAUUUUUUACUCCCAGCGACUGCUGUUCCGGAACACAUGGAGCUACAGGACAUUUGCUAAAAACCAUGUGCCAUUGGACUUCUUUGACAGGUCUCUUUUAUACGACACGUCUGAAACCGGGCCAAAUCCCAAAACGUUAUCACCAGAAUACGAAUGUCCUGAAAUGCAGCGUCAUUUCCCUCCAUGUCCUCAAGGCGAAGUCUCCUCCUACCAUCACCAGUCUAAAAAAAGGCAGGGAUUCACUCAUCGUAAUGUCGACGAGUUGAAAUGUAGUUUACACUCUCCACUGUGUUUUUUUUCUGAAACGGCCUGAAGUGGUAUUUUCCACUCAGUUUGCUUUGGGUUUAUAUCCAUGACCUUAACAGUGUAAACUUCUUGAUAUUUGAAAUUACCCCCAAAAACUAAAUGAGGGCGCUAGCUAAAAUAACAUCAGUAUUUCAUGAAACAUUCUUUUGGAUUGACAUCAUCAGAGCACAACAAAUUCAGUGUAUGGGUGGGGUGUGUGUGUGAUCUAAUGGUGUGACAGGGGGGGACAACAUACCUUGAUAUGACUAAUGACUGUCUGAUGACUUUGUAAAAAGAAAAGGUGUGAUGGUCCACAAUCAACAGGAUGUUGCCUAAAGCAUACUUCAUUUGUAUUUAUCUACGACCGUCUGCUGACUGUAGUAUGACCUCAUAACAGAGAAGUGAUAGUGUGACAGACUGCAGAGUAGUGCUUUGUCACCUGUCAGUUGUCACCGUUGACACGCGGGCACACUUUGAGAUGAGAUCUUAUGUUAAGAACCACAGGAACAAGAAAGACCACAGUAUUUUUGGAUUACGUAGAGAUAUUUUAAUAUUAGGGUAUACUCCUGUCCGUGUUGUUCGCCAUAUCAACCCUGAGCUGUGGUUAGGUUUUCCUAAAAGAAGAGAAAUAUGGUUAAGAAGCAAUAUAAUAUCAAAUCUGUUUCAAGUUGUUGUUUUUCUUAUUCUUUUCCAGGGGAAUAAUUAUACAUGUAACAGGAUUUCAAGUCUCUGUAUUUUUUAAAAUUGACAUAAAUAAUUGUGUUACAAUCCAUAUUCCUAUAGAGCAUAUUUGAAACGUUUAGCAAUUGAUAGUCAUGUAUUUACAAAGCCUCUGUAAUUAUUAAAAGCUGAUAUCAACUGAUUUGCAUAGUUUUUGCAUCAUGUGUGUAUAAAGGAAGAUUCUCAGGCUGUGCAUUUCUACACCAUUUGCUAUAGAAAGUGUUAUAUGACCACUAUAUGACCAAGAGAAAAACACACCACUGAAUGUGACUGUUGAUGUACAGUAGAGUUGAUGGCUGCACGUGCACUGAGGUCAUGUACAGGCCUAAAGGCUUAGUGGUGAAGCUGACUAGACCUAUAUACUUACUAAGGCAUCUGAAGCUCAGAGGUUCAAGGAAAUACAAUUAAUCAGGAGAUGGGGCUAUGCUUCUGUACCUUGGCAAACAUUUUAAAAGCUACUUUUCCUUGUUACUUUUUCCCGUAGGGCCACCGUAGUAUGCUGCCAAUGGAACGUAGCAUAGAAAUCCAGACUGAAUUCUGCUCUAUUUCUAGGUUUAUUUCACUCCACUGGGAAACAAUAGUGAAAUGGAGUACGAUGCAGUCUGGCUACAUUGGACAUGUUAAGAUGCCGUAAACUGACAGGUAUCAGCUCCAAACUUGAUGUCCUCUUGUUUUAUUCUUCAUAGAUACAGAAUCACUCUGCUUUUUGUCAAUGUCAUUUUCAUGCUAUCUAUGUUGCUGUAAUUUUAUGCUACAAAUAAUUCAUUUACUUUAGAGAAAAAUUUAUAUUAUUGAGAUCAAAGGAAAAUAAGUAUUUGUAACUGCACUUUCCCCUAAGUUCACAAACCAACAUUUUAUGGAGGUUAAUAAAUAUAAUAUUGCGCAAUAUUUGAUCACA